AUGGCGCCAUCAACACCAUCCAGCUCGAGGAUGAGAAAGAGACGGGUGGGAAGUCCUGGCAUUACGCCCGCGAUCCCAAACCUCCCACGCGAGACUACGAGACGAGAGACUGCCCCCAGUCAUGAGCAGCAGCGCUCCGAUCACCAAUCAAAUAUUGUUUUGGACUACGGUGAAGCGUACAAGCGCGCCAGGAUAUGCCUUCUGGACCUACCAUCUGAGUUGAUUGACUUGAUAGCCUCCAAGCUCCACACGGAAGAGGCUAUCUUCAACUUUUCGCUUGUAAACAAGCGGCUCAGCAGUAUUGUGCAACAAACUAUGGUUCGGAAGCCAGUUCUUCGUCAGCCAAACAUCAGAGGUUUUCUUGAGAUGCUUGGGCAUCACCCUGAACUCAUCCAGAAAGUCACAAACGUCAACCUUGGUGACUUUGAUUGUUUCGACUACCGAGAGGUUCCUAACCUCGACGGUGAUGUCAAGGGGACGAUUGGCAGAAUCAUCACUGCCAAUACUCAGGGCGAGGUGACCUGGAGCCACAUCCGGAAGACCAAGGACUUUUUGGGUCCAGUAUGGCGCGAGGACCAAGCCUUCUUCUUGAACACACUGGUAGCGUUGUGUUCGAAUAUAAGAUCAAUAACGAUCGAGCUCCCGGGAGCCAGACGUUUCCAAGCUAGCCACCCACCCAGGCCGAACCACUCAGCACCCCGUACAUUUCCUUCAUUGAACCCAGAACUACUUCCAGUUACGCCAUUCGAUGGAAUCGCUCUCCAGAUACUGCGUCCCACACUCCAAUCUCUCACCAUUGCUGAAGACACUAGAUGGAAGGGGCCGGCGACUCUCGAGAUUCUCCAUUUCCGCGAUCUCCAAUGGCGAAACAUGGGAAAACAUACCAUGACACUGGCUGGUUUUUCUAGCCUGAAGCGUCUAGAAGUCCCCAUGGAUGCCCUCGGUUGCCCACAAAACGUUGCCUUUUCGAAAGAGGACCGUCAAACUACACCGGAUAAGAAUGAUACACCAAAACACAACCUUGUACUGAAAGACGGGAGAUUACAGACGUUGGAAGAGGCGCGCUUGAAGGUUUUGCCUUCUACACUCACGCACCUACAUUUGCGAUCGUGCAAUCGAUUCACAUUUGCCUUCCUAAAAACGAUCAAUGAGACAUCUACCGAAAACACACAGUUGAGAUACGUCGAACUCUUCUUCCACAGCGAAUCCCACGAAGCCAUCAUUAAUUGCGACGCCGCAGACGAGGGCGGUUUCAGUUAUCUGGACCUACUGAUGGAACUUGAACGCAAAAAUAUCAAUGUCCAGUUCUUUUGUGGAGUUAAGGAAACGGGAGUCGAUAUACGCCGCGAGUUAGAGGCCCUGAGCUUCUUAACGCCUUACGAAGUUUGGAGAUACUCUAAUUUCCGCAGGCCGUUCUCAGAUCUGAAUCUGUGCGCUAGCAGGAUACGCCAGUCGUCGGUGAUUGGCAGUCGCCUUUUCCUACGUCACGCGAACAGCCAUUUGCGACUCUUCAACAGCGCGACAUUCGAUCCUGAGUCGUGGGCGCAAAGCGCAUUCUUUCGUGGGAUGAACCCAACUAAAAAGAGCAAUUCAACGCGCGAACAGAAGCCCAAAGCUGAAGAGGAUGUGGAUAACAACUGCCAUAUUAGAAACCGCGGAAAGCGGAGGAUAAGGCGACGGCUGCCUGGUUUACUCAGUCUGGAUAGCUUCCAGUUCAGCUUUAACAAAGUCCAGAGCCUUUCAUCUUUACCUGAAGAAGCUGUAUUCCAGGGUGUUGUGUUACCCAUCUCAACGAACAGCCGCACACAGCCUAUUGAAGACAGUGGAAGCUCGAAGAAGACCAACAAUGUUGGAAAGGAUGAGGGGAGCCGCACAAAGAGAGGUCGCAAGACAAGACAUGUGGAACCAAAUAUCAGCGAAGUUAAAAUCUUGGAAAAUAACAUGGUUGAACUGGAGAUAGGAUCUGGCUGUAGGAUCGUCGCGCCCGAACCACCUACCUCCGAAACAUCCACGUUCGACAUCGCGAGUUGGGUCACCGUUGAUUGGAGGGGUUUCUUCAAACUAUCAGAAAAGAGCGAUAGGAUGAUUGUCUAGACAUAGAGCAGCAAGCUGCGAGGAAAAAGUGGUGAAAUUGGCCGAAUCGAAUCAGGGUAUGAGCUCAGGCAUCUGAGUGAAGUGGUAUGCAUAUGGAUAUAAUUUUAGUCAGGGAAGUGGGACACAUGUACCACAAUGAAAGCAUGCAGGGCAUCCAAUGGAAAUCUGGUGUGGCUAGGGAUGCUCAUCUCGUUCAACAGUCUGAUAGAAUGCA